CUCACUGAGCUAGUUGAACCAAUUGACUAUGAAGAUUUUCUACAACAGCAUUCAAAUUUUAUAAGCCGUGAUCCAUUGCGACACAUUUUGGACUUUCCGCCAUACGACGACGUUCAAAUGAAAUUGGUUCAACGAAAAAUUCGUACAAUUGAACCAAUUGUUCCCGAAGAAAAUCUAAAAACUCUUCCGAUGCAUAUCCGUGAAGCUAUUGAUAGCUAUACAAGACCAUGGAAAGUAGUGGAAUUCGCACAACGACAUUUUUCAAGUUCGUGUUUGGUUCGUGAGACACGACUGGCAGCCCCUAGUAUAUGCCAGCAUGAAUUCGAAAUUGAUUGUGAAUACUAUUCGCUGGACGAAACAUUGACGUACAAAAGUGAAAGCAGCCAAGCAGCCAUCAAUCGUUUAUCGACAAGCCGUCAAUCAAUUUCAAGUUUAUCUUCCAUAUCGUCAUGUACGGAUACACUUACGCCGCGUGGAAGUUGGGCAAGUUUCGAUUUGAGGAACGAUUUGCGUUGUUCAGUGAAUGACCCACUGAUAUUGGGUGUUUUAGAUCGAACUCCAGCCGAAACAAUGGAUCAAAAUAAUGAAAAACGACGUGCAGAAGAUCGUCAAGAAUCGAUUUUUACACUGCACCAAGAUAUCGACAAUGAUUUCGUUGAAAAGCGAUUGAUGGCAGAAAUGCCCUAUGAACACAUUGGUCAUCGGUUCAUAGUAAAAUGUCUUCAAUUAAAGCUAGAUAUUGAAGUUGAGCCAAUAUUCGCAUCAAUGGCUAUUUAUGACUCGAAAGAACGAAAGAAAAUCUCUGAAAAUUUUUACUUCGAUAUGAAUUCGGAAAGUAUAAAAAGAAUGCUAACAUCGCAUGUACCCCAUGUAGAUAUAUCUACCCAGAGUAGAACAGGAAUUUUCGAAAUUUCACACCCAAGUGAAGACCUAUUUCUCGUAAUUCGGCUGGAAAAAGUUUUGCAAGUCAAAGAUUCAGUUGAACCAUAUAUAAAAGAAGACAAAGAAAAAUAUCGUCAAAAAACAAAGUCUAAUGCAGCUGAUUACUGUGAACGCCUUGGAAAAUACAGAAUGCCUUUUGCAUGGACUGCCAUUUAUUUAACCAAUAUAUUCAACGGUGAUGGUGGUGAAAAUGCAAAAGAUGAAGCAUCAAAUAGUCUGGACCGUCUAGAUCGCAAACAGUCGACCAGCAGUUUUGAUCAAUUACGUCGGAAAGCCACCGAUAUAGGAACAUUUACGCGUCGUGGAUCUUUAGAGCGAAAAAAACGACAUUCGUUGGAGACCAAUGAUGACUUUGCUAACAAUAUUGAAAACUUCCGACCCAUAACAAUUACAGUUUCGAGCUUUUUCAAACAAGAAUCAGAGAAAAUGAAAGAUGAAGACUUAUACAAAUUUUUGCCUGAACUGAAACGACCCGCCUCAGUCAUGAAAAAAUAUAAAUAUAUUCCCGGCUCUAUCAAGUUGGAGAUUUCUCCGUGUCCGGACCAAAUUCCAAAUUGCUUGACUACAGAACUGGCUAAAGUUGAACCAUAUUUGGAUGCCAAUUCACGCCCAAUCAAAGAGAUUCUUGAGUUUCCAUCAUUGCCCAUUUUCAAUCCACAUUAUGUUUAUCGUAAUCUAUUAUUUAUUAGCCCCAAAGAGUUGAACUUUUCAGCUCGCGCAGGCUCUGCACGAAAUAUUGCGGUAAGAGUUCAAUUAAUGAGUGGCGAAAACGCAGACGAUGCGUUGAAAUUGAUUUUUGCAAAAAGUUCCUGUCCGGAAUUCACAUCAGAAGCUUUCUCAUCGGUAAAUUAUCACAAUAAAUGCCCGAAUUUUUAUGAUGAAAUCAAACUUUCAUUGCCGGCUUAUGUACAACAAAAUCAUCAUUUGUUGUUCACAUUGUUUCAUGUUUCCUGCCAAAAAAAAAUACAAGAAAUACAAACAUCGGUUGAAACAGCUGUUGGAUAUACGUGGCUACCAAUUUUGAAUGAUGGCAAGUUGAAUGUGGGAGAAUUUUUAUUGCCGGUUAUGGUUGAACAUCCGCCAGAAAAUUAUUCUUAUAUUCCUCCUGAUGUUCACCUCCCUGGUACAAAAUGGUUAGACAAUCAUCGACCAGUGUUUACAGUCAAAAUCGAUGCAGUUACUUCAAUACACACCUUAAGUCCAUUCCUCAAUCGCUUCAUAAACUUGUGCGAACAUUUGGAGAAUGGAAAAAUUCCACCGCGUAUUGGUGAAUCGAAUAUCGAACGAGAAAUGAAAAAAGCUUUACUUGAACUUCAACAAUCUGAAUUAGAGCCAUUGUGUAAGAAUUUGGUUGUCAUUCUGGACAAAUUGAUUGAACUUUUGGUGAUAAUGUAUAAAAUUGGAAAUCAAUGCUUGGGACUGGGUCCAAUUGUUUUCGAGGCACUGUGUUCGGUUUCCAACAAAUUGGCUAUUCUACAAGCAGAUGUAACAUUGGAUCAGCCUGGACGACAAAGUUUAUUAACCACUUAUGUACAAUAUCAUUGCAAAAUACCGCAUCCAUUGACCAAUAAAUCAGGAACCAAUGAAUCUGAAUAUCUAAUCCCCGAAUCGAGUGGAGUAAGUUUUGAUUGUUUGCGUGCAUCUGAACCGCAAACACGUUUACUACACGAAGAGAUCGCUCUACAUUGGGUGAUGUCAAGUGGAAAUGCGUCUGAACUAUCGAUGAGAAAUUCCUGGUUCCUAUUUGAAUUAAUAGUUAAAAGCAUGAUUUGCCAUUUGGAUACAACACAAGCAUUGAAUUCACCACGAAAAAAUAGAUUUCCUCAUCAAUUUAUCGACGAUCUCUCGACUCUGGUGCAUUUGGUUGCAACAAAAGUUGUCGGUUUCCAUAACACAGACAUAAAAUUAGCGCAAUCAUUAAAUAACAGUUUGGCCUUUUUCUUAUUCGAUUUGCUUUCUAUCAUGGACCGAGGUUUUGUAUUUAUUUUAAUCAAAGUCUAUUACAAAGUCAUUAUUUCGAAAAGCAUAACGUCACUCGAUUUGAUACAUUUCAAAAUUGACUUUUUGCGUAUCGUGUGUAGUCAUGAGCAUUUUGUUGCCCUUAAUUUACCAUUUGCUACACCCUAUACAUUGAUUUCGGCACCGUGCAGUCCAACUCCAAGCCAAAAUUCAAACAACAGUCAAAAUUCUUAUAUGAGCACAGUGGCAAGCUUAAAUAAAUCCUUGUAUGCCGAUUUAAGCCCAGAAUUCAGGCAACAACAUUUUCUUGUCGGUCUUUGUUUGAGUGAACUAGCUACUGUCUUGGAUAUACCAAAUCCAUCACUACAUGGAAAGGCCAUUCGAUGUGUUCGUAAUUUAAUGACCUCACAUGAUUUUGACUUACGUUACGUGGAUCCAGAAACUCGGUGCCGCGUUGCAGUUUUAUAUUUACCUCUUUUGGGCAUCGUUAUGGAUACAAUUCCACAGCUUUAUUCAUACCAACAAGAUGACACUUUGAAUCAUAUUGGAUUUUUGGAUGACUACCAGGGCCCACAAAAUACGGUCACUACCACAACAAUUAGUUCAGAAGUGGCCUACGCAAUAUCAGGCAGUCGUUUAUAUUCGUUUUCUCCAGAGCCAACAAAAUUGAAUAAAUCAUCAUUGAGUAAAGAAAAUACGCGUCAUUUACUAUCGUGUUAUGCUUGGAUUUUGAAAAAUUUGGAUAAGAAUGUUUUGUUUAGUUGGAUUUUAUCGCUAACUCCAUAUCGCGUUCACCAAUUAUUAAAAGUUAUAAAUGUUGCUAUCCCGAGUUUCGAAUAUAAAGGGCAAAAACGACAUCCAGUGAAACGCCAAAAUACCCAAAGUUUUCGGAAAACGUCUGACAUGAAAGAGCGUCUAGAAGAGUGCAUUCGUGGCACUGCUGGUUCAGCACGCAGCGACUUUAUAAAUCGUCGAAAAGAUCAAUCGAGCAGUGAUAAGCUACGUUGGCGAAAGGAUCACAUGCCAUACAGAAGUCAAAUAGACAAUCCAUCAAAAGAUGACGUUGAUUCAGAUUACAUCGAAGGUUCAUUGUCCACAGAAAUGUCUUUAAUACUCUUGGAUACAUUGGAAAUAAUUGUUCAAGUUGCAUCACAGUCUGAAAUUCAUCACAAUCUUCUUGGAACAGUUCUUCGCGUGUUAUUACAUGCUUUGGCCCGUAAUCAAAGCACACUGGCCUUACAAAAUAUGUUCGCUACACAGAGGGCGUUAAUUUUCAAAUAUCACAAUUUAUUGUUUGACGAAGAAAUGGACUGCUUAGCGGAUUUGUGUCUGUUACUUUUAAAGCAUUGCGGCUCUCUGCUUCCAUUGAUUCGUUCACAGGCCGCUGCUUCUCUUUACCUAUUAUUUCGUCAAAAUUUCGAAAUUGGAAAUAAUUUUGCACGUGUGAAAAUGCAAGUAACAAUGUCUCUCUCGUCGUUGGUUGGCACCAGUGCAUCAUUUAGUGAGCAAGCUUUGCUUCGUGCACUUAAAACGAUUUUGGUCUAUGCAGAAUCUGAUGAGGAAAUGCAGGAUAGUAGUUUUCCUGAGCAAGUGAAAGAUCUGAUUUUCAACUUAAAUAUGAUAUUAUCAGAUACCGUUAAGAUGAAAGAGUAUUCUGAAGAUCCAGAAAUGUUACUCGAUUUGAUGCAUCGCAUUGCAAAAGGUUAUCAGAAUAAUCCCGAUUUAAGAUUGACAUGGCUUGAAAAUAUGGCUAAAAAACAUAUUGAACGCUCGAACCACUGCGAAUCAGCGAUGUGUUAUGUUCACUGUGCUGCUUUAGUUGCCGAAUAUCUAUCAAUGCUCGAGUCGCCACAUCUACCAGUAGGAGCUAUUUCCUUUCAACACAUAACACCAAACACUUUAUUGGAAUCAGCCGUGUCCGAUGAUGUUCUUAGCUCUGGCCAUGAAGGUAUUUGUUUCGGCAAUCACUUUACAGAAACUGGCUUAAAAGCCCUGUUGGAAGAAGCCGCGAACUCAUUUCAAAUAGCUGGAAUGUAUGAAGCGAUGAACGAGGUAUACAAAUUAUUGACCCCAAUUUGUGAAGCCAAUCGAGACUUCCAAAAAUUGGCCAAAAUACAUGGUAAAUUACAAAUUCUUCUUUAAAUUUAUUGAAACUGAAGCCACUUUAACAGAUAUAUUGCUG